UCCUCUGGGUUCCAGAACGUUGACGCACACAUUUCGCCUCAUAUUCCUCCUGACACGAAACGCAGCUCCGCGGAUCAGGCGUCGCGUCACUAACUCAAAAGGUGCUCAAGGUUCCCGCUCAGAACAUCGGUCCAGGGGGGGGCACUACCGUAGGUUAACCGUUGGUGCUCACUAUGCCUUUUUGAAGGGGUACCAUUGUGACUGGCUUAAAGAGUAAGUUACAAGAUAUAUUCUUUUUUUUCUGGAUUUCUAUACGUGAAGUGAGGAAGAUGUUUUCGUCCGCGGGUAAACGCUGUUUUACGAUAGAAUCCUUGGUGGCCAAAGAAAACCCUCUAACCACGGAAGAUCCCAUCCGACCGACGGCUUUGACUUAUUCCAACCCCACUGACGCUUUCAUGAACGGGUACCAGAGUCCCACCGGCAGGUCUCUGUAUCAGAACCCGGAGCUGGUGUUCCCUGAGUCAGUCAACCACCCAGGGCUGACCAUGAACCCCCACCAGCUAGGAGGGGGCCACCUACAACACCCUGCACACUUCUUUGGGACGCAACACCGAGACCCUCUUAACUUCUACCCAUGGGUUUUACGGAACAGGUUCUUCGGACACAGAUUUCAAGGAAAUGAUGUUUCCCAAGAUAGCAUGCUCCUUCACGGCCCGUUCGCCCGGAAACCCAAGCGGAUCCGCACCGCCUUCUCCCCGUCGCAGCUCCUGCGGCUUGAACGGGCGUUCGAGAAGAAUCAUUACGUGGUAGGAGCGGAGAGGAAACAGCUGGCCAACAGUCUGAGUCUGUCUGAAACACAGGUGAAGGUGUGGUUCCAGAACAGGAGGACCAAAUACAAGAGACAGAAGCUGGAGGAGGAGGGGCCUGACUGUCAUCAGAAGAAGAAAGGAAACCACCACAUCAACAGAUGGAGGCUUGCCACCAAGCAGGGCAGCUCAGAGGACAUUGAUGUCACCUCUGAGGACUGAGAAUACCCCCCCCCCCACUCCCCCCUUAUGUCCCCUUUCUCCUCCUCCCCUGGCCCCCUACUCCCAUGGACUCCUACACCCUUCUACCCUCCUACUCCCCUGGCCCCCUACCCCACAUUCCCAUGGCCUCCUACACCCUUCUAUCCUCCUACUCCCCUGGCCCCCUACUCCCAUGGCCUGCUACACCCUUCUAUCCUCCUACUCCCCUGGCCCCCUACUCCCCCACAUUCCCAUGGCCUCCUACACCCUGCUACCCUCCUACUCCCCUGGCCCCCUACUCCCCCACAUUCCCUGGCCUCCUACACCCUUCUAUCCUCCUACUCCCCUGCCCCCUCCCCCACAUUCCCUGGCCUGCUACACCCUUCUAUCCUCCUACUCCCCUGGCCCCCUACUCCCAUGGACUCCUACACCCUUCUACCCUCCUACUCCCCUGGCCCCCUACUCCCCUCACAUUCCCUGGCCUCCUACACCCUCAUACCCUUCUACUCCCCUGGCCCCCUACCCCCCCACAUUCCCUGGCCUCCUACACCCUCAUACCCUUCUACUCCCCAUACCCUGUGUCCCCUUUCUGAGGACCAAAGUCAAGACCCUAUUUAUUAUGUCAAGUUAUGAAGUAUAAUGACAUGUUACAAGAAGAAAAAUAUCCCCCCCUCCCUAAAGGACUAAAAGUAUUUGAUAAGUUUCUUCAACAACAGCAAGAGAGGAGUGUUUUGAGUCCAUGGUCGGUGAUGCAGAGAAAAAACAGAUUUUAUGACACUUGACUUGUAUCGGUGGUGUUCCAUCUUGCAUCAUAUACGGCUUCUCCUAUCUCAUAAUGUCUCAUCUAUUUAAUGAUCUUUGGUGCAUGACUUUACAACAGCCGGAGCCAAGAAAGGUUUUUGUUUGUGUUUUUAUUUUGACAUAAUGUAAGGAUAUUAUUACAUGAUAGGUCAUUCACACUAAAGGCUGCUUCUGUUCUGCAUUUUGAGGAAACAUAUACAAACAUAUACAAUUCUAAGAUAAUUUUUCUUCAGUUUCAUAACCGGGCCACGGUUCAGUUGUUGAACGUUGCAGAUAGAAAUGCCAUGAACAGAACCGACGUGUUUGUUCUACAGAGCAUAUUUCUACGUGAACGUUCCUGCUGAACUCGCCUCUUUGUUCUACAGAGCAUAUUUCUACGUGAACGUUCCUGCUGAACUCGUCUCUGGUGUGCGUACAACACAGGUAUCCACACGUUCACUACUCACUGUCGGUGGACUGCAGUAUGGAUGAGGAUUAAAGUCAUCAGGACUCAAUGCUGGCUGGGGUAGAAUAGGAUCAAUCUAACGGGAGACUCUUGUCAUUACUGGAAUGUUUACCGACAGACAAUUUAAAUAUCAAACAUAUAAAAAUGUAACAAUAAUAUGUAACAAUAAAUAAAGAUGUUUUAGAAACGAGAAC